AUGCAGUUCGAAGAGGCUCUGCAUCUGGUGGGCGAGUUCGGCGUCUUCCAAUGGCUUCUAAUCGUGUACCUGGUGGUGUUCGUGGCUCCCAUGCGGGUGAUACCGCUGUUCGCUCACAUAUUCACGCUGCUCGAGCCGCCGCACUGGUGCCGCCAGCCCGAACUCGAAGACCUGUUCAACCUGACGCGGGAGGAAGCUCGUGACUUGGGCGUGCCUCGCGAGUCGGGCGGGAACUCGGUUCCUGGAGGGAUUGGACGAAUAAGAGCUUGCCUUCAACGGCACAACCUGCCCGUUGUGCCCUGCCAGUCCGGCUGGCAUUAUGACCACUCCGUCAUUUACCCGACCAUCGUGUCCGAUAUGGAUUGGGUUUGUGGCCAGACCUGGAAGGCGUACCUCGCAAACUCCCUCUUCUUUGGCGCCAUGUCCAUUGGGGUGAUUGGGAUCGGCGCCAUAAGUGACAAGCAAGUAAUCGGCCGGGUCCCCGUGAUGAUUGCAAUCUACAUCCUGGCAGGAGCGGGCGCUGUGGUCACCUACUUCACGCAGGACUUCUAUGUAUUCCUGGUCACCAGGAUUAUUGAAGGAGGUGUCAUUCUAUCCAUCAGCAUUAUCCCUUUCGUGUUGGCGUUGGAGUACGUGCCAGCCCAAAAGCGGAUGCUGGUUCUGAGUGCUUUCCGGUUCGCCUACCCUCUGCUCGGAGUUUGCAUGCCAUGGGUGGCUUACGGGCUUGCCCACUGGCGGCUUCUCAACGCUGUCAUCGUGCUGCCCUGCCUCGUAGGACCUGUGGUUUCCAUUUUUAUACCAGAGUCCACUAGGUGGCUGCUCUCCAAAGGAAGGAAGGAGAGGGCGAAAAAAAUCCUGCUUCGUGUCUCUCGUGUAAAUGGCAAGAAAGUGGAAAGUUCAGCACUUGACUCUCUUCAGAUUCCAACCAAGAUGGACGCUUCUAAGAAGUCGUCAACGACGGACGUUUUCAAGUAUCCUACGCUCCGCAGGAGUUUCAUGAUAACACUUUUUCUUUGGUUGAUGUCGUGCCUGACUUACUCGGCUGGCCAGCUGUACGCUGCCACGGCAACCGACGAUCCAUUUGUGAUGACGUCGACGACCAACGCGAUGGACAUAUUGGCCACGGGGCUAGCUCUUCCGCUAGCCGACAGGUGGGGCCGCCGGCCUAGCAUGGUGUGCGCAUACGGCCUUGCUGCGGUCUGCUACGUGGGCGUAGCAGGCUUUUUCGGCAAAUCAGCGGCGAUAUUCGCCAUCCUGAUGGUGGGUCGGUUCGCCCUUACCACUGCUUACAACGUGGGCUACCUAUUCGCCGCCGAGAUCUACCCGACCGAGAUACGCUCGCAAGCACUCUCGAUACGACAGGCCUUCGGCUCUCUUGGGAAGUUUCUCAGCGCCCAAGUCGUUCAGCUGGCAUUCUACGGCCGCUUCCUGCCUCUGUUUAUCCUGGGCGGGCUGUCCUGUGCGUCGGCACUCAUCACGCUGCCUCUGCCGGAGACCAACAACCAGCGACUGCCGGAAACGCUGGAAGAGGGCGAGGCGAUGCGAGACCUACCCAAGCCGUGGUUCCCGUGCCUGGCGAGCAAGAAGCGGGAGCGGAGCGGAACCGGAACUCGGGUCCGCAGCAUGUCCACCUUGUCAGCCGCUACUAUCGACAGCGUCAGUCCACACUAGAACCGUUUGUGAGGACGCAUGGCGGUGUAAGCAAAAGUACUCUUAUAGCCAGGCUUGACGCCCGACUAUAGAGGUAACGGCGCAUCCAGGGGUCUUACACAACGGCACAGAUCGUCGACCACAGCUUCUACAAAGUUUCGAGAAAUACAAGACGACCUGGAAGCAGUUCUUGAAGCCCGUUAAGGACAAAAUAGUCAAACAUGCCUGUUUUUAAUUAUUCUGUGAUGAAAGCGUUUGUCAGUACUAAUAUACUGAAAUGAAAACAAAGUGUGGGAAAACAAAGUAUAAGAAAUCUUUUGCGGACUCGAAGCACAACGUCCACUACAAAAGAUUUCUUUCGUAUAUUUCCUCCAAAAACAUGGUGUCUAGUCUGAAUCGUAUGGAGGCCAUUCUGGCGCAACAUUCUGGCGCUGUCAGGCCGAACUCUCGUCUUAUUCGCAAUUCAGUGUCUACCACCUGUAGUAGUCUCUUUAAAAGCAGUUAGCAGUUGAUGUACGUAAACGUUGCGAAAAUUCGUAACGUCCAGAGCACAGGACGGCAGGGUCAACGAAUAUCAAGGGAUAGAAAUAGGCUAUUUGUGAGACAAGUUAACAUGUUUUUCUAUGCAUUUACUAAUGUUCGCCUGACAUUAUAUAUAGUGAAUCAAUUUAUGUGAUGGAAGCAAUGCCCUCAAGUUCCCGAAAUGAGUCAGUUCGAUUUGUGCGGGCAGAGUGCCCGCCAGUUCAGAAUAUGACGCAAUAAACGCUUACGUCGAAACUGACAGACAACAAAAACAA